AGCUUGCAUUUCAAACUUCAAACCGGACCAAACGCCCUGCUCCAACCCAAAACCAUCAUCCCUUUUUUCGCAGCAGACGCAUUUAUUAAGCGCGCCUCCGCCAACCGCACUCUGCCCGCCGAAAGCGUCGUCGGGCCACCUCGCACUCGCGCGCGCCUCAAAGAUGCACAGGCAGCUCAGCCUCUCCGCCAGCCCGAAGCAGCAGCAGCCGCCUCCUGACGGCACCAGCACCGGCGGCGGCGACGCGGCGAAGGCGAUGGCGGCGGCGGAGGACGAGUCGUCGGCCUCGCACUCCAGCUCCAAGGCCAGCAGGGGGUGGUCGGCGAGGGACGAGAGGGCCAUCCACCUCGUCCCGCUGCUCACCUUCCUCUGCUUCCUCCUGCUCUUCCUCUGCUCCCACGACCCGUCCCCCGCCGAUAUGUCGAGCUUCGCUGGAGGCGGCGGCGGAGGAGGAGGAGCGAGAUCUGGGAACCGGAGGUUAAGGAUGCUUUAGUGUGCGUAUUACCUACCCAUUGGAGUAUUAUUAUCCGCGAUGCGGAUGUUGUACUUGUCCAGCAGUAACCAAGUAUGGGACCAAAGUAUGUCACCAUACAAAACACUCUUGCUGUGGUAAUACUACCAACCUACAUCAGCAUGUUCCUGAUUACCAUU